AUGAACCAGAUACUUGGCGCCGAGCACUUCGUGGUGUACAACUACAGCAUCUCCCCGGCUGUUGACCAGAUUCUCCAGCGCUACCAGCAGGAUGGUCUGGUCACUGUUCUCCCAUGGCCUCUUCCAACCCUGGAUGUCCAUUACUAUGGACAAAUGGCUGCAUUGAAUGACUGUAUUUACCGAAACCGCAACAUCUCUAGAUUUGUGGUUGUUGUCGAUACUGACGAGCUUAUUAUUCCACGGGAAAGUCUUACCUGGAUGGAGCUGAUUGAUACCGUGUCACCUCAAGAACGUGACGUUUCGGCUUUGAGGCAUCCAUCAGGCUCAUCAAAAAACUGGCUUAAAGCAACCGGAAGUUUUGAAUUUAGGUCAGGUUCCUUUGUUGUUGUCGGGACGCCAAGCUGGACAGCACUUCCUUCAGAGUUAGAAUUUUCUGAGGAAGAAAAGAAUAACCUUUUGAAAUACAAAAUCCACACACUAACCCAGUUACAACGCGCUAGAAAAGUACUUCCACGAAAACACAGGACGAAAUAUAUAGCUCGACCCGAGCUUGUGAAUAUCUCCGGAAUUCAUUUUGUGCAUUCAUUCAUGAGUAACGUUAGUUCUCUUGAUGUCAGAGAGAACUUUGCUCUUGUUCAUCAUUAUCAGAAGCUUGACUUUGCAGAUACUGUCAUGGACACGAAUAUCCUCAAGUUUAAGGAUCAGUUAUUUCCACGGCUCCUGCAACAGUACAGGCGGUUUUCCAAUCUGAUUUGGUGA